GGUAUAUAUGAAGCUGUGGGUGUAUCAAAUUAAAUAUAGAUUUAAUCUCCCCCAUCAUGCAGGUUCUGGUGUGACAUCUUGCAGCACACAUUUUUCACCAUCACAAGAGAGAAAUGGUGUUGUUGCUGGCUCUGCUGACAGCUUGCCACCGCGCUCAGAGCAAGGCACAGAGGCAUCUUUGGCACCGAGUGGCCUUGAGCUCCUGCUCGCAGCUGUGGACUGCAUUGAUGGCACUGUGCCCUCUUGCGCAACAAAGUCUCCAUUCCAGGAGGACACACAUAAUGUUACCUGCUGCUCGGAUGUAGACUCUACUAGCCCUUAG